AUGGGUAGUCUGGCGACGUCCGAGACGGUGAUACCCGUCUUAGAACUCCACCCUGAACUCUACCGCGAGGAUGGGCCCGGGGAUGUCGUAUUGCAGGCCCCCAUGUCGUCCAAAGACAAUCCACCGAAAUUUCAGCUCUUCUGUAUCCAAACGGCUCUGCUAAGUGCCCACUCUGUCGUCUUUCACAACCUCUUUGCGGACGCUUCCGCAAAUCUCGGGUCGACGUACGAAGGCAGACCUCUCAUCAACAUGCCGGAUGACGCAGCUGACCUCGCGCAUCUUCUCCUGUACUUGUACGACCCCUCCCUAUAUCUCUUGCGCGCGUCGCAUCCCGACACCCCCCUCGAGCUUAUCGGUGCUGUCAAGCUCGCCGACAAGUACGUCAUGAGCACCAUCCGCUCAGCCAUGAUCGGACCUGGUCAUCCUCAGCAUUUUGUUGUGGCCCUUCAUACGCCGGAGCCCGUCGCCGCGAUCAACUUCGCGCGCGCACACGGAUGCCCCGAUAUUCUACCUGCCGCCUUCUACCGCCUCGCCUCGAUCGAAGUCGCAAACGAUUGGGAUACGGAGUUGUCACAGGUGUCCAAUCGUUCGACCGCAGUGCUCUUCGCGCGAUGGUCUCUCUGCGACAGAGAGGAUCUUCUGCGCUACGCACACGGGAGACAAUCAUUCGCCUACUACCAUGCCACGGUCUACGCGCGUCUCAGGGCUGGAGAGCCACUGGCCGACGAUUGCGACGCCCAGUGGACCAUCGACGGCCCGCCCGACGGGUGCUACUUGCAUAAUCCGCCGGAGGUCCCAACUCCCUGUUACUAUUUCCUAUACAUCUUGAGCGAGCUGCGGUGGGGGCGUGUACCCACGCACGACCCGCUGCAAGGGCUGCUCGACCUGCUCGACUACGGAGGCCUGGAGACGCUGAAGGAGGCUUGCCCGACUGGGCUCUGUGCCCACUGUGAGGAGGAUUUCUCAUCCUGGGUGGACAAGGAGCGGAGGGAGCUCUGGGGUCGUUUGCCGGUGUUCUUCAAGCUGACGUAGGGAUAUUAGCGCAUGCGAGAUAUGGACAUCGCGGCACGCG